AUGGCACACUCAAAAAGACCCAGGUUCCGUGCACCAAGUCCUGAAGAAUAUGUUGAUGAAGAGCCCCCUCUGCACUUAUUCUUUGAUAGUUUGAAAACAGCUUUUGCUGAGCUUGACACAUCAGACUCGGAGAUGGUAUCAGAUGUGGAUGACCAGGAUGAGUGGGAAGAACUCAAUGAUGAAUGGUUGUUGGCUGUAAUGUCAGAGAUGGACAACAAGCUCCGAGACCCAGACUGGCUCCCAGAACGUCUCCAAAAGAAGGCAGAAAUUCGUGCAAAAUCAAAAAUGCUGACGAGACCCAGGACUUAUGCCAAUUCCUUUACAAGUCAAUCAGAGAGAACUUCAACCCUGGCACCUGACCGAGCUGCAAUGGCAGGACCAGCAAACAUAGCCAGACAUGUAUUGCCCAUGACGGCUGUGCCAGUACGCCAAACAACAUUAUCCAUGCUGCAACCAGAAUGGCAGCAGUAUCCAAGUUCAUCAACGAUCCCACGUGCUCGCUCAGCAUCUGUUCUAUCAGAUCAGGCAUCAUCAAAUGAUGAACUGGAGCCCACAGAGAUCAUGGAUUUGGAUGAGUCAACCGAAGAGGCAGAAGAUGUUGAUGAUGAGACUUGGGAGGAUGAGCUGAUGCUUUCAGCAGGAGGGGACAUAAUGAGAUUUCAUGAUUGGAGCGAGAUGCACAAGAACAUCAAAUCAGACCUAAAGAAGAACAGCAAGAGCUUCUCACUGGCGCACAUCAAUAAACUCACCAUACUCUCAAAUUUUGAAACCCUAUGCAUCAAGGGAUGCUCACAGAUACAGGCUAGCAUUGAGAUUGCUCGGCAAUGGCACAAAGGCGAAGGAAUUCACUUUGCACGGAAGAUGCAAGCACUUGUUCGGCAUUACCAAAUAUUUGCACAGCUGCCUGUGGAGAAGCAAGGUGGCAAGGCUAAUGCCCACUCUUGGCUUCAUGAUGAAGCUGUACAGGCAUGCACCCGAUCUUGGCUGACUGCACAGAAGGUUGGCAGUGUCACUCUGAAGAAAUUGCAGCAUGCCCUCACUUCAGCUAUUUUUCUGGAUCUCGGCAUUCACCCAAAGCAGCCGCUUAGUGUGCGCACAGCUCAACACUGGCUUCUCAAGCUUGGAUGGAGGCACACGAUGGUCCAAAAAGGGGUGUACAUGGAUGGUCAUGAGAGGGACAAUGUAGUGAAGUACCGCAGAGAGGUCUUCUUACCUCUCAUGGCACAGUAUGAGGCCCGGAUGGUUCAGUAUGAAGGGCCCGAGUUGAAAAAGGUUGAACUACAUCUAAAGCCUGGAGAAAAAAGGAUUAUUGCACAGUUUCAUUAG